CUCCAUCUUCACUUCCCUCAUCGACGCCCAUCACAGACCAUUCCAUCAUCACCAUGGCGAACCAAAGCACCACCCACGCCGCGCAGGUUCGCGUCCAGCAAGUGGUAGGCCACAUGCAAGCUACCGGCAAAGCAGGACUGCUAGAGAAGCACCCCGACGAUGUCGUGGUGACCAGUGCUCUGCGGACAGCCUUCACCAAGGGCGGUCGAGGAGGAUUCAAGGAUACUGCAGGUGCAGAUCUCCUGUAUGGUGCUUUCACAGGCCUCAUCGAGCGCUCCGGCAUUGACCCGUCCCUGGUCGAGGAUAUCUCCGUCGGCUGUGUGCUUGCACCAGGUGGCGGCGCUACUGAGUUCCGAGCUGCAGCUCUCGCCGCCGGGUUUCCAGACUCUACGGCAGUCAAGAGCUUGAACAGACAAUGCAGCUCGGGCUUGCAAGCAUGUGUCGACAUUGCCAAUGCCAUCAAAACCGGCAUGAUUGAGAUUGGCGUGGGCGCUGGGGUCGAGAGCAUGAGUUCGCAGUACGGUCCAGGUGCCGUAACUGAGUUCAGCGAGCUUCUGGAGGGCCACAAGAAAGCUGCAGAGUGCAAAGUGCCCAUGGGCCUGCUCAGUGAGAACAUGGCAAAAGAUAAAGGAAUCACAAGAGCUGCGCAAGAUCAAUUCGCCGCGGAAAGCUACCGCAAGGCUGGCGAGGCGAACAAGGCUGGUCUGUUCAAAGAGGAAAUUUACCCACUAAAGGUCAAGUGGACAGACCCCAAGACCGAUGAGGAGAAGGAGAUUACAGUGGCUGCCGACGAUGGUGUGCGUCAAGUCACCGCAGAGUCACUAGGCAAGAUAAAGGCCGCUUUCUCCAAGGAUGGCUCCAUCCACGCCGGAAACGCCUCACAAAUAUCUGAUGGAGCUGCAGCAGUCCUUCUGAUGAAGCGCAGCACUGCCGAGCGUCUGGGACAGACCAUCCUGGGCAAGUACGUUGCUGCUUCUAUCGUCGGUGUGCCACCACUUCUCAUGGGUAUUGGCCCUUGGAAGGCUAUCCCGGAGGCGCUCAAGAAGGCCGGGAUUACCAAGGACGAAGUCGACAUUUACGAGAUCAACGAGGCUUUUGCUUCCCAGUGCCUGUGGUGUGCCAAUGAGCUUGGCUUGCCUCAGGAGAAGAUCAACCCGAAGGGUGGUGCGAUUGCCUUUGGUCACCCGCUUGGCUGCACUGGUGCAAGGCAGGUCAGCACAUUAUUGUAUGAGCUGAAGAGGACGAAGAAGCAGGUUGGUUUGACCAGUAUGUGUGUGGGUACCGGUAUGGGUAUGGCUGCCGUAUGGGUGGCAGAAUAGAUCUCAAGUGAGACCAGUUGAAGCAUUCCUAUCACAGCGGGACUGCAGCCAUAUUAGGCUCAUAAUUUCGUCCAUCAUCUCUUCUCUCUUUCCAUUUCACCGAUUCUCCACCACGGAAAUGAAUUUUGCUUUUGCAUGAAUUAGCCCUGCCUUUCUACCUUAGACAGACGACACUGCCUCCAAG